UACAACAUUUCGGAAUUUCUGUCUCAGCCUUUAAACAGAACGUUCCAAUACCGGAACUCUUGAAUUUAAACACGUUCUAAUGGGAAAACAAUGUUUUUGGGUUUUUUUUACGAUAAACCAAGCGAUAUCAGACUAUAUACAUUGCAUUUAAAAUUCAGAAAUAACCCACAUUUAAGGUUUCAUUUGCCACGAUACCGACGUGAUAUGGUUAUAUAUCGCACACGAAUGCCAACAUUAACCCUUUAGAAGCACCAGGAAAGCAAAUACCGGGGGGGUCAUCUCUGAGUAGCGACAUUGUUUUGAAACAUCUUUUGCGGUAGGGUCUAUCAGGAUGAACCCCCUCACCAAGGUAAAGCUGAUCAAUGAACUGAAUGACAGAGAAGCGCAGCUUGGAGUGAAGGAGUCCGUGUCCUGGCAUUCAGAGUACAGGGACAGCGCUUGGAUAUUUAUUGGGGGCUUUCCGUACGAGCUGACGGAGGGAGACAUCAUCUGCGUCUUCUCCCAGUACGGGGAAAUCGCCAACAUCAACCUCGUGCGUGACAAGAAGACGGGAAAGUCCAAGGGUUUCUGCUUCAUCUGCUACGAGGACCAGAGGAGCACCAUCCUUGCCGUGGACAACUUCAACGGCAUCAAGAUCAAGGGGCGCACGAUCAGAGUGGACCACGUGAAAAACUACCGCCCCCCGAAAGACUCGGAGGACAUCGACGACAUCACCAAGCAGCUGAGGGAGGACGGAUGCGCCCCGCAAAGACCCCCCUCUUCAUCCUCAGAGUCUGAGGAAGAGGAGUACGCCGUGGUGGUGAAGAAGCAGAAAAAAGAUAAGAAGGAGAAGAAGAAGAAGAAGAAAGAGAAGAAGGAGAAGAAGAGGGCGGUGGAGGAGAGGAGGGAUGGCGGGGCGGAGUCUGCCCCUCCCGCGGUCAGGGUGAAGAGGGAGAGAGAGGACAGCGGCUACGACAAGUACGCCCAGCAGGGGGCGCUGGGGCCCCGGGCUGAGCACGAGGACCGGGCCCCCGGAGAUCGCCACGGAGACCGGAGGACCAGGAGGGACGAGAGGGAACCCAAAAUGGAGAGACACCAGAGAGAGAGAGAGACCGACCGAGAGAGGGACAGAGUGAGAGACACUGACAGAGAGAGGGACCGAGGGAGAGAGAGGGAGAGAGACAGAGAAACUGACAGAGACAGAGGGAGAGAGAGAGACCUCGACAGAGAGAGGGAGAGAGACAAAGAGAAGGACAGAGAGAAGUCGGGCAGCUACAGGGAGCGUAGCCGGGACAGAGAGCACAGGAGGAACUGAGGCAGAACCAGGCUGGAGGGGAAAUCACACCGGGCGGAACCGAACGCAGGAACACAUUUACUGCUUCGUUUACUCGUAGAAGAUCUUAUUUUUUGUCUUAUUUUUUGUCAUUUUUGUAAAUGAACGCUCAUUGAACCGUUUCAUAAAUCAUCAGCACGAUUCAUGACUGGAUUCUGAACAGUUUGGAAACGGACACUCUGUUGCCCUGGACACCACCGGAGUGACCAUGGCAACACUGAAGGGACAGACAUUUUGUUUUUCGUGCUCUUCCUGUGACCCAGUGCACCUUUAACGGCCAUUUUAUGACCUGAAUAAAGACACAUGGACAUGUUGUGUAUAAA